AUGGAGGUCGUCUGGGAGCUUAAAACCGCGACUGGGACGCAGAAGAGACGCGCCGCAAAGGCGUGCAAUGACUGCAAGAGGCGCAAGAAGAAAUGCCCCCAUACGCGAUCGCUCUCUCAACGACGACAUAGCCGGUCAGCUCCGGGCGGCCGCGGUGGCGCACAGUCGCCGGGCACAACAUGUAUCGAUUACACACUUAAAGAACCUCCACAAGAUGUCACCAAGUCAUCAGACGACCCCUCAGAGACAUCUGGUGAGCCAAUCCAAGUUGGCGAUUACCAUGCAGAGUCGCUUCUCACCGAGUUGGCUGCGGAAACACCAGGGGAAAUGGUGGAUAGACCGGGAACCCAAGACUACCGCGAGCCGUACGACUCUUCUGUCACUCAGCUUGUUGGCCGAAGGAACACAUUAUCGCGCUGUUGUAUUGAGACUAUCCAGCGCCACGAGAAUAGAUGGGAAUACGAUCUUACCUGCGAGCCGAAAACAUGGGUUGCUGAACAUUACUGUGACCAUGCCGGUGCUCUCAAAGCAUUGGCAUUGCCCCGAGACACACAAGAUGCCUUAAUUACCACGUACAUAUCAAGCCUUGACGCACUCAUUCCAAUCGUCGACGGCGGACAGAUCCUUCGAGAUUACACAAUGGGUCGCGCAUCUCCAUAUUUGGUAAAUGCGAUAUGCCUCACAUCGUGCAAGACGAAACAAGCUGCUCCAUACUUGCGACUGUCAGACGAUGGCCCCACCUUGGCACCAAACGAUUUCGCCAAGGCCAUUUACAGAGACUUGGAGGUCGCCAUGAAACUGGAUCUGGAGCCGAAUAGGCUUAUCAAAGUCCAAAUCCUCGCCCUUAUGUGGCUCCAUCAUGACGAAUAUCGUGGCAUGCAGAAAUCUUCAGCCUACUUAUCACAAGCCAUCCACGACGCCUUUGUGCUAUCUUUGCAUUUCGAGAACCCGAACAGGCCGGCCCGCGUACAAUGCAGCUAUCUGUGGUGGACGCUGCGAGCACUCGAUCGACAAAACGCAUGUCUUCAAGGCGUCCCCCUUGUCAUCGCGGACCGCGACGUUGAUCUAUCGCGGCCGCUUUUAAAGGGGGAUAACCGUUCCCAGGUUGCUACUAUUACGCUGAGGCUAGGGGACGAAAUGGAUGAAGUAAUGGAGAUAUACCGACCCUUUCUGCAAAGACGGGGUCAGACAGUGUUGGAUGAAUUCCCAACCUUCUCCGAGAUCGCCGCUGGGGUAGAUCUAUCGAGGCUACAAGAAUCCCAUAAAGGCAAGUACUCAAAGCCGACAUAG